AUGCGCAACGGAACAACAGCAAUAAUCGAGUGGAUAGGAGAGAUGGCAAAGUGCCUCACAGUUGAAAUCUCAAAAAUAGUCUUCACACUGCGUUCAGACGAGCCAGUUCCGGGCUUCAGCUCGGCCUCACCAUGGCCAACGUUGGAGCUCGAGUGGGGUCGCAAGUUGUAUCCCACAAGUGGCACACGCGGAAGUAGCUUAAUGUUUGGAUUGCCACCAGGUGGUGACCUUAAUCAACCUCGUGGACCCGUCACAAGCCUCAAAGAGGAACCAUUGGGUGCGAGAGCAUGGAUGCAGCAGCCGGAUCAGAGCAAUCUUGGAAUAGGCCGAGCUCAUUUCGAGAAGCAGCCACCGUCAAAUUUAAGGAAAUCAAAUUUCUUUCACUUUGUUAUUGCACUUUAUGAUCGAAACGGUCAACCAGUUGAAAUUGAAAGGACAGCUUUUAUUGGAUUUAUUGAGAAAGAUCAGGAAAUCGAAGGACAGAAGACGAAUAAUGGAAUUCAUUAUCGACUGCAGUUGCUGUACACAAAUGGUGCUCGACAGGAGCAGGACAUAUUCGUGAGGCUUAUCGACUCAGUUACCAAACAGGCAAUUAUGUACGAAGGACAAGACAAGAACCCAGAAAUGUGUCGAGUACUCUUAACACACGAGGUCAUGUGCAGUCGGUGUUGUGACAAAAAGAGUUGCGGUAAUCGUAACGAGACUCCAUCAGAUCCUGUUAUCAUUGAUAGAUUUUUCUUGAAAUUUUUCUUAAAGUGCAAUCAAAAUUGUUUGAAAAACGCUGGAAAUCCGAGAGACAUGAGAAGGUUUCAGGUCGUCAUCUCAACCCAAGUGAGCGUAGAAGGUCCACUGUUAGCUAUCUCAGACAACAUGUUCGUUCACAACAACAGCAAACAUGGUCGACGUGCCAAACGACUAGAUCCAGAUGGAAGCACCGCUGCUGGUAAUUCUCCGUUGUUAUCAGCUCAUGCAUUGGCCCCGGACAGCAUUUAUCCACCACUUCCAAUGGCAACACCAUGCAUAAAAGCAGUCUCACCAUCCGAGGGAUGGACAAAGGGCGGCGAUUCUGUCAUCAUUAUUGGUGACAACUUCUUUGAUGGAUUACAAGUCAUUUUCGGGACAAUGUUGGUGUGGAGUGAGUUGAUUACCACACAUGCUAUUCGUGUUCAUACACCGCCAAGGCAUAUACCGGGUGUGGUUGAAGUCACAUUGAGUUAUAAGAGUAAACAGUUCUGUAAAGGAUCACCUGGUCGAUUUGUUUAUAUUUCACUUAGUGAACCAACAAUCGACUAUGGAUUCCAGCGACUUCAGAAACUUAUACCAAGACAUCCAGGCGAUCCUGAUAAGUUACCAAAAGAGAUAAUCCUCAAACGAGCAGCAGAUAUUGCUGAAGCACUUUAUUCAAUGCCGCGGUCACCAUCAGGAGGUGGAGGUUCAGGAUUUAAUUCGUAUACGGGACAGUUGGCAGUUAGCGUUCAACCAGAUGGAAGUUCACAGUGGGCUGAAGCCGAUGAGUAUAGUCGAGCACAAAGUAGCAGUGUAAGUCCGCGUGGCGGCGGUGGAUAUUGUUCAAGUGCUUCAACACCACAUUCAUCAACUGGCGGGUCAGCAUCUUAUGGUACAACAUUAACAAAUGGCUAUGGACCACCAGCACCAAUUCAGAUGACUGGAUUGUCAACAUCGUCACCGGCUUCAUCAGGAAAUGUUUUCAAUUCAGCAUCUAGUGAGUUUUACUACCGUUAAGCAUCACGACAUCAUCGAAAUUUAUCUAAUAAAUAAUCAACAAAAAACAACACAAUUUAAUCUAGACUAGAUGAAAUAAAUCUUAAAGUUCAUUGCUUGUAAAUGGAUGAGCAUUAUUUAAAAAUAUUCAAUUAACAAAAUCAAAUUUUUGACCAUAUCAUGGGAAGGAAGACGACACAACAUAUCUGUGGAACUGCACAUCAUCGUUAUUAAUGAGGAAGAUUUUUUCAAAAUUAUUUUUAUAAAAUUCUUAAAUUCGAAUAUCGAUUCCGAAAGUAAAAAAAAAUAAUUUCGAAAGUGAAAUAAUUCAAUUUCGAAAAAGAAAUAAUUUAA